AUGGCUUCAUUAGCAACCAGAUUCCGAUGCUUGCAUUCGGCGCCGAUACGAAAAGCCUCAAUGGCAUUAAUCUCUCCCUCUUCUCCCUCCUCUCGCGGUCUUGCCACCGAAGCUACACCUUUGGAACCAGUUCCAAAUCGAAGGCCAACUUAUUUCAAAGAUACGGCCAACUCAGUUCCUUCCUUUUCCGAAUUCAUUGGAACCGAAGACGAACCUCUAUCACAUAGUGAUGCUCUUGAAUUAAGGACGGCAAUGGUAGGACCCGCCGGGAGACAGAAGCAGAUCACCAGAUUGCCCGAAUGGCUCAAGACGCCAAUACCGGAUAAUUCGAAUUACAAGAAGAUCAAGAAGGAUCUGCGGGGUUUAAAUCUGCAUACGGUUUGCGAAGAAGCAAGAUGUCCGAAUAUUUCAGAUUGUUGGGGUGGAAGUGACAAGAGCGCAGCAACGGCGACUAUCAUGCUCAUGGGAGAUACAUGUACCAGAGGAUGUCGAUUCUGCAGUGUGAAAACAAGCAAAGCACCACCACCGCUGGACCCUCACGAGCCGGAGCACACAGCAGAAGCACUCUCAAGAUGGGGGUUAGGAUAUGUCGUCCUAACAUCUGUGGACCGUGACGAUUUAGUAGAUGGAGGCGCGAGACAUUUCACCGAGACGAUUAUGAAAAUCAAGCAGAAGAAGCCAUCCAUGUUGGUCGAAGCUUUGACAGGUGAUUAUGCUGGGGAUUUGGAGAUGGUGCAGAUGGUUGCUCGUAGUGGACUAGAUGUUUAUGCACAUAAUAUGGAGACUGUGGAGGAGUUGACUCCUUUUGUUAGGGAUCGGAGGGCGAAGUUCAGACAGAGUUUGCAGGUGCUGGAUGCUGCGAAGAAAGCGGUUCCAAGUUUGAUCACGAAGACGAGUAUCAUGCUCGGAUUAGGGGAGACUGAGGAGCAACUUUGGGCGACAUUGAAGGAACUCCGCAAAGUAAACGUCGACGUCGUGACAUUCGGGCAAUACAUGCGCCCUACCAAACGACACAUGAAAGUCGAAGAAUACGUUACACCCGCAACAUUCGACAUGUGGCGCGAUCGAGCCCUGGAAUUGGGCUUUCUGUACUGCGCCAGCGGUCCUCUAGUCCGAAGUUCCUACAAAGCUGGAGAGGCAUUCAUUGAGAAUGUGUUGAAGAAGAGAAAGAGUGAUACGAUACUCGGUGACGAGGCGACCGGAAUGGUGAAAGCUGUUGUACAAAAAUAG